AGUGCGCGAUGGCUUGCUCCGUGGUGCUCGAGCGCCUGCGCGGCGACGCGACUGGUCACAGUGGCGGCAAACCAUAUGGCUGCGAGCACUGUGGCAAGCAUUUCGGAAACAAAUAUAUUUUAAGGAAUCACAUACAAAACACACACUUGUCGACCGGAAUAAAACCAUUUGCUUGUGAUUUUUGUAGUUCUACGUUUCAAACCGAAUCGCUUGUAACAGAACACGAGGAGAGCGAACACGGUGUUACAAAUUUCAUGUGUGCUGAAUGUGAGUAUACAACAAGUUCCAAGAAAAGUUUAGAGACUCAUGUAAAGAGUCACUUUUUGGAGAAUAAUUUCAAUUGUAGUCACUGUAGUUACAGGAGUUCGUGUAGAAGUGAUUUGCACAAACACCAGACAAUACACAUGGCUGGAGAGGCUUUAAAGUGUAGCGACUGUGAUUUCAAAUGCAAUGUUGAAUCAAACCUGCGACGUCACCAGAAGACACACAACCGGAGGCAACAGAGAAUACUCACUGGAAAACAGGCUUACAAAUGUAGUCAUUGCGACUACAAGUGCAGUAAACGUACAAACUUGCGAAAACACGAAAGGACACAUUAUAUUGGCGAGAAGCAUUUUCAGUGUAACUACUGUGAUUUUAAAUGCAAUCGGAAAUCGAACUUACGAAAUCACCUGUUGAUACAUACGGGGGCAAAGCCAUUUAAAUGUAGCAAAUGUGACUACAAGAGCAAUCGAAAAGGAGACUUACAAGUUCACCAAAGAAUGCACACCAGAGAGAAGCCGUACACUUGUAGGCUAUGCGACUACAAGUACAGUUCUAGGGCAAGCUUACUCGUACAUCAACGGACACAUACUGGCGAGAAGCCUUUUCAGUGUAGCCACUGUGAUUACAAAUUCAGUCAGAAAUCAAACUUACAAAGACACAUGACGAUACAUACCGGGGCGAAACCAUUUAAGUGUAAAGAUUGCGAGUACAGCUGCAGGUUGAAAGAAAACUUGUUAACACACCAGAGUAUACACACUGGAGAGGAGCCGUACACAUGUAGUCACUGCGACUACAAGUGCAGUAAUAGUUCAGCCUUACGAAGACACGAAAGGACACAUACUGGCGAGAAGCCUUUUCAGUGUAGCCACUGUGAUUACAAAUGCAGUCUGAAGUGCAUUUUGCUUAAACACCUGAUGAUACAUACUGGGGUGAAGCCAUUUCAGUGUAGCCACUGUGAUUAUAAAUGCAGUCAGAAGUCAUACUUACAAAAACACCUCUCGAUACAUACUGAGGCGAAGCCAUUUCAGUGUAGCCACUGUGAUUACAAAUUCAGUCGCAAGUUAUACUUGCAACGACACCUGAUGAUACAUACUGGGGCGAAGCCAUUUCAGUGUAGCCACUGUAAUUACAAAUGCAAUAGGAAAUCAGACUUAAAAAGACACCAGAGGAUACACACUGGAGAGAAGCCGUAUAUUUGUAGUUACUGCGGCUACAAGUGCAGUUAUGAUAAAGCCUUACGAAAUCAUGAAAAAACACAUACUGGCGAGAAGCCAUUUCAGUGUAGGCACUGUGAUUAUAAAUGCAUUCAGAAGUCACAAUUACAACUACACCUGACGAAACAUACUGGGUCGAAGCCAUUUAAAUGUAGCAUCUGCGAAUACAAAAGCAAUCUGAAAACGAGCUUACUAGUUCACCAAAGAAUACACACCAGAGAGAAGCCGUAUACAUGUACUUAUUGCGACUACAAGUGCAGUUAUAUUUCAGCCUUACGAAGUCAUGAAAGGACACAUACUGGCGAGAAGCCUUAUCAGUGUAGCCACUGUGAUUACAAAUGCAGUCAUAGAUCAAGCUUACAACAACACCUGAUGACACAUACUGGGGCGAAGCCAUUUCAGUGUAGCCACUGUGAUUACAAAUGCAAUAAGAAGUCAAACUUACGACUACACCUGAUGAUACAUACUGGGGCGAAGCCAUUUCAGUGUAGCCACUGUGAUUACAAAUGCAAUAAGAAGUCACUCUUACAAAAACACCUGACGAUACAUACUGGGGCGAAGCCAUUUAAAUGUAGCGACUGCGACUACAAGUGCAGAUCGAAAUCAUGUUUAAAAAGACACCAGACGAGUCAUAAUAUGACGAUACCAUAACAAUGUGGCAUUUGCGAUUACAUUACAAGUUUCGUCAGACUGUAGCAGCGGACCGGCAUAGGGUAUUUAUAUUCAAAAAGCGAGCAAUUGGCCUUGACGAUGUCUCUACUAGAGAUGCAACGGAUAGUUGUUUGGCCGGAUACCGGAUUUCCGGCCUGGACACUGGCCGAAUAUCCGGUAUCUGGCCGCCGGAUAUUCGGCCGGCGGAACUAUACCUACAUUUCGGUUUUUCAGGUGCGCAUUGUGCAGGUUUGACCUGUUUCCCAGUAAACGUUCGCGCGGACUCAUUUCUAGGUUCGAAAUGAGUGCGCGUGCAAGUCAGUGGACUGAUUAAAUUGUUUUAAAAUAAUAAACAAGUACGAUUAUGACCGUGUCUGUUUCUUAAAUCCAAUUUGUUUACUCCGAAAUCAAGCAAUAUUACUAUACGGUAUCCGGCCGGAUAUAAGGUCACUAUCCGGUAUCCGGCCGGAUAGUAAAAUAAUGGCCGGAUAGGCCGGAUACUGGAUAGUAACCGGAUAUCCGGUGCAUCUCUAG